AAGUUUUGCCGCUUUAACGUAGGCCUACUCAUUAUGUUUUGUGUGCAAAAGACUGUGGACAAAAUUAUGUAGUGUACGUUUUAAUGUAAAUAGCCCAAAUACAAAUAAUUCUAGUGUUUAUUAUUUUUAUUGAUGUAGUUACUCCAUUAUUUAAAUUUGUUGCUUUUAGAAAGACAUAGAAACAAAAAUUUACACCUAAGACUUAUUAUAAACUUUGGAGACGUUCGUCCCUAAGCAACAGAAGCAACAGGAGGUAAACUAUGAAGGUACUGCUGACUUUGAUGAGCCUGGGAUGUUUCGCUCAUUGUGCUCGGAUCCUCGCAGUGUUUCCACUCCCUAGUAAGAGCAAUAGUAUCCUACAAUACGCCAUCUUCCGUCUGUUGGCUCAGAGAGGGCACGAGGUAGUGGUAUACAGUGCCCGCCCUCCCCCGUACAGUGUAGCCAACCUCACGCACAUCGAUCUGCCUACCAGUCUCACAGAGUUGACGAGUACAUGGACGUUUGAGCAGUUCCAAGAGAUAAUGGACGAGACUCAUUUUUAUGGAUUUUCAAUGAAGAGCUUUUUUGAAAUGACAACACUGGCUUGCGAGGAUGUCCUUAAAAAGAACAAUAUAAAAGAGCUGCUUAAAUCAGACCAGCGGUUUGACCUAAUUUUUCUUGAAAUUGUGGGUCAAGAGUCUCUCUCUGUGCUGAGCCACAAGUUUAAUGCUCCUAUCAUAAAUUUCCAAGGAUUUGUUACCUGGAGUCUUGUAGAUUGGAUUUCUGGCAACUCCUUAUCCAUUUCACACAUCCCAGAAGUAGCUUCCUUUCCAUUCACGAACAACAUGUCAUUUAAGGAAAGACUACAAAACUUUUUGUCAACAGUUCUUACUUUUAUAUACUAUCACUUUGAACACCUUCCUCAUCAUCAAAAGUUAGUGGAACAAUAUUACAAAGGUCCUAGCAUGCCUCAUGUGUCAGAUAUGCUCAAUGAAGUCUCAAUAACUCUUGUAAAUUCACAAAAGACCCUAGAAUAUCCCAGGCCGUACACUCCCAAUAUGAUCCCAAUUGGGGGUGCCCAUAUGUCUACUCACAUGACUCCUCUACCUCAGGAUAUGAAAACAUUUAUUGACAAUGCUAAAGAAGGAGUGAUUUUCUUCAGCUUGGGCACAUUUGUUCCUGUACAUAUUAUGCCCAGUAAAUAUAUCCAGGCCUUCGUAAAUGCGUUUAAAAAGCUACCACAGAAGGUCCUGUGGAGAAUUGAACUUGACAAUAUACCUGGACUUCCUGAAAAUGUGAAGCUCACGAAAUGGGUGCCUCAGCCCACAGUGUUGGGUCACCCCAACUGCGUGCUCUUCCUGACUCAUGGAGGACUGUAUAGUCAACACGAGGCUUUCUAUGCAGGAGUUCCAGUAAUUGGGAUACCAUUCUUUAGUGAACAAAGAUUCAACAUGAAGUUCUAUGAAAAUCUUGGUGUCGGAAUCAAGUUGGAACUAAACGAAGUCACAGAAGAAACUGUAUACAAGGCAAUAACAACAAUAAUAAAUGAACCUAGGUACAAGGAGAACGCCAAGAGAGUGUCCAGUAUAGUCAGAGACCAGCCGAUGUCUCCAGCUGACACAGUCGUGUACUGGGUAGAGUACGUGUUGAGACAUGCUGGAGCUCCUCAUCUCAAGCCUGCCUCAUUGUAUCUUAGGUGGUACCAACUGUUUAUGGUAGAUGCUAUUUUGAUUUCUUUUGUUAUUAUGUCAUUUGUCUUCUUACUUUCUUAUUUUGUUAUUAGGAGAGCUUCAAGAAUUUGUUUUAAUAAUAACAAACAUGUUUCUACUACUAAGAAGAGAAAUUGAUUUUUGUAAUGAUUUGUUUUCACCUAUUUCUAUUUUAAUGUUUAAUUUAAGUGUAAAUGCAAUUUUACGUGAUAUAUUAUAUAUUUUAAUAUAUUUACAUAUAUAAGAUUUUCAACUAGUUUCGUCUUGAGUAGAAAGAAAUCCUUACAAUUAUUGGAGCACAACUUAUUGAAAAUAGUAUUUAACAAUUAUUUAUAAAUGUGUUAAUUGGAGUUGAAGCCUAAAGAAUUUGAUCAAACUUACAUGCAGUUAACUUAAAAAUAUAAAUGUAUGUAAUUAUUUAACGUGGUAACCAUGUAUUUAUAGAAAUAAAAAAUUAAUUA